AAGCAGUUGUUUUGUACGGACUAUAUGAAGUAACCGUAGCAACGCAUUCCAACAUUUCGAUAAGUUUUAUUUUUUGUGUUCUAAGCGGAAGAUUCUUUUUCGGACAAAACAAGUGAUUUUGUGAGUUUUGCUGAGCACAAAGCAGAGCAGUACACCAAGAUCGCACUCAAAUCGAUUCUUUCAAGAUGAAUUGGAUUAUGUUAUUAUUAUGUUUUUUAUCAUCUGCACACGCUUUCAAAAUUAAUAGGCAUUUGAGCGAUGUGUUGUUAGAUGACGGAGAUAUGAAUGAAGGAAUAUUAGACAGUAAGGACGACGAUACAAAAGGUAAUUAUGGGGAUAAUUACAGAGAUAAUGAUGGUGAGGACGAGGACGAGGCUGACAAUGAAAAUGAUGACAACGGCGAUGAUGGAGAUAAUGAUGAUGGUGACUAUGGAGAUAAUGAUGACGGUGAUGAUGGAGAUAAUGAUGAUGGUGAUGAUGGUGACUAUGGAGAUAAUGAUGAUGGUGAUGAUGGAGAAAUUGAUGGCAGCGACGAUAGCAAAAAUGAUGUCAGUGAUGGUGGAGAAAGAGGAAUUAAAAAAAAGGAUGCUGUAAAGAACACAAAAAGAGGUCUAAUGUUCGCCUCUGGUGCUACAAGAAGAGUUCAUACAGAGUGUUGUCCUGUUAUUAUAGCAACAAAGAAAACAAAGAUGCAGCUGAACUGUCAUUUUGUGUGUGAGCGGCAAAGAAACCCACCUCACUGUGGAUUGAAAGUGAAACGCAUCUGUGAGCAUACCACGAUAAGAAUAAUACAAAAGUCUGUGUGUAAACCACGACGAGUGUACAAGACAAUACAAUUUUUACUUCCUUCAACGAUACAGUAACAAUAAAUCUACGAAGUUUUAAACACCAUUAUGUUUUUUAUUAAUUUUAUUUCUAAUUAUCUGUCUCAUCUCGCACAGCACUGUUCUUAUUAAACAACAUAUAUGUAUUAGAAUUAGGAUGUUGUUGUUUGUUUGUAUCUUAUAAUUCCAAGCAGUUUGAUAUAUUUCUCUCUAAACCCACCCUAAACCGCUGAGUACUGGUCAUAUUUUCUAGCUCAUAAACUUUGUUUGAUGUGCACAUAUUUUUUUCAUGAAAUAAAAUCUGCAUUUAUCAUAAAGUUUCUCUUUGCUUAGUUAAUCCCCGA